AUGGCACAGUGGAUCAUUCAGCCUUGUAAUUGCACGUACAUGUCGGGCUUGGAGAACGGGGCCACAUGUGACAGUCUUUACUUUUCACUGCCACCAGUCAGAGGAGAUGAAGGGUGUUGGAAAGGAUGCCUGAUCAGCCAAUGGAGACAUCUUCCGUUCUGGUCUUGUCGCCGCCAAGUGCUACGUCUGUGCCAGUGUCAAGGCAUCUAUCUCAAGAAGAUUUUACCUAGGAAAUUCCAUCCUGUGUAUCUGCAUGCUACACUGCUGAAUCAAGAAAAGGGUCUCACCAAAAGAAAUGACGCCGCACUACUCGCACCGAACCAUGAGUCCAACAUCAAAGUUCUCAAUAAAACCAUUGGUCCCACCACCAAAGUGUACCGUCGGAUCCCGUUCCACCCGUUUGGCGAAUUUACUGCCCCUUUCCUAAUCGUCUUCGACUUUCUCAUGUACAGCACACCCUCUCCAUGCUUGCACCAUUACACUGCCACCUCAUCCUCACAUGAUUGCCGCCUACCUCACCGAUCCCUGGAUGCACUAUCCCCAUCAUCCGAGACCACUUCACCGGUGCUGUCAAAAACGAUGGCCCUCCUCCAGUUCAUGAUCGACAUUUUGCUAUCCCUUCUCUGCCGUCGUUUUCACGGAGAAAUAGAUCAACAUGAACGGCGUGGUGGCGGUGUAAGUUUUGAGGACGAACUUGGCUGGUUCCCUGGAAUCGAGGCUGCAAAGUAA